GUCUGUAGUGAGACAGCUGUCUGGCAGGCAGAGACGGUUCUUCCAAAUCAGCUGAAAGUCAGCUGAUGACACAUCCCCCACCCCAUUACCAGCUUCUCCCUGCUCCGCUAGACACAGCUCCCUAACAGACGAGAAAAGUCAUGGGCCUUGGCAACACUUCCUGUUUCUUAUGAAGGAUACAAUGGCAGCUCGGCUUCGCUGUAAAUUUGGCCGUGGCAAGACACCAUGCAGCUUUUUUUAAGUUAAGUGGCUUUUCCAAGUGAUGCUUGUUGAGGUAAUCAGGCUGUUCGAGUACCCCGCGUCAGAUUCAGAGCUCUGGAUGGGGAUUGUGAGCGAAAAGCAGAAUCAGGCGUACAGUUUCAAAACAAACAUGGAAUAAAACAUGAGCAAAGAACGCCUACGGACAGGAAGUACAGCAGUCUCCUUACAGACUCAUCCACCUAGUUCCUGCCACGUUUUUUUCACCGGUGGUCUGAUGCUUUUGGUUUGAAAAUCAUACGAGAAUGGACACACAACUAACAAAGAGAUAAUGGAUGAUCCUGGUUUGCAGAUCCUGUCAUUAGAAGCCAUGUUACAUUGUAAAACAGUUUUCCAUAGACCAUAAAACCAUAAUCCAUUUGGGUGGAGUCAAAAGACACCUCCUGCUACUGCACUGUUUCUUCAAAACCAUCUUCUUUUCUCCUGGCCGAACGUCAGCCAACCGUUGCCUUAACCAUAAUGAUGAGAAAAUUGUACAUAGGCGCUUUGCUAGUUGCAAUUUUGUUUUUAAUGAUAGCCGUUCACACUAUUCAGAAGACCAGCAUCAUGCCUUCAAUAUUAUCUACUAGCAGGAUACAAAUGAAGAAUCAGACGCUACCUGUUCUGGAGUCAAGACGAGUUCAGUUGUGUAGCUGUGAGUCUUGUAUAGCGGACACAGGUGCGUCAGAAUGGUUUGCUCAACACUUUGACCACCAACAGCAACCCUACUUCACCGGCAGGGAAAAGGACAUCGAUCCGGUGUCACUCAAGUGGUGGCUGUCUUUGCAGGCAUCAUAUGGGGCACUCAAGGAAGUCUCAGAAAACAUGUUUAAGGUAAUCUCCUCUCCAACAAUGGAUGAAACUCCUCGGCAAAACCAGUGUCGUAAAUGUGCAGUUGUCGGCAACUCAGGAAAUCUGUUGGGGUCCAAAUACGGAGCUUUGAUAGAUUCUCAUUCAACUGUUAUUCGAAUGAAUAAAGCUGUAAUGCGGGGUUAUGAAAUGGAUGUUGGGAACCGGACCACCCAUCAUUUCAUGUACCCGGAGAGUGCCAUCGAUCUUUCCCCCGGUGUCCGUCUCGUCCUUCUUCCCUUCAAACUGUUAGACAUGCAGUGGCUGUCCAGUGCACUCUCCACGGGGGAAAUCAAAACGACGUACAUGAGAGUGAAACGCUUUGUACGAGCUGAUAAAUAUAAGGUAAUAGUUGUAAAUCCAGCCUUCUUUAAAUACGUCCAUGACAAGUGGACAGAGCAUCAUGGGAGAUACCCGUCGACUGGGAUAAUUGCCCUUAUAUUUGCUUUGCAUAUCUGUGAUGAGGUGUCCGUGUUUGGAUAUGGAGCAGACAAAUACGGCAACUGGCACCACUAUUGGGAAAACAACAGAAACGCAGGCGCCUUCCGAAAAACAGGCGUCCACAACGCAGAUUACGAGACGAAGAUCAUCCAAAGGCUCUAUGCAGAGGGCAAAAUCAAACUGUUCAGAUGAGCCUGUAAUUGUGGCCUUUAUUGACUAAAGAGUGCUUGAAGUCAUGUGAUAUACAGCAGCGGUAUGGAAGCCAAAGAGAUGCAGAUCAUCCACCUUAAUUAACCACUGUGAACCGCACUGAACCAAACUCACAGACGUGAAGCUGUAUUCUAUAGACCAAAUGAACUUCUGUUCUCUGACAGCAUGAACUCAACGUGCCUAACGGAAAGAAACAUUUAAUGGAGCGAAGCCGGAUGUCGCCUUCCUCCCUAAUCAGGAAUUGAACGUUGACAAACAGUAAGCAAAAUGGCUUAAUCUGAGCCGCUUUAUGUAUUUUCUUUUCAUUUGGACUAAACUGACUUGCCUUCUAAUGUGUUUACACUUUUAAGUGCACGAUGUGACAAAGCUAGAUCACUUUUAUUUUAACCGCUGACAUGGUUUACACUUGAAGCAAGUGACGGAAGAUGAAAGCAAUUUAGUCAUUUACAUCACUUGCUUGCUAUGUAGACACAGUGUUAUAAAGAGCCAACAUGAAACAGCUGUCACAGUUUUACUUCUGUGGCCUCACUGGCCUGUAUAAGUCAAACAACUCAACUCAACUUUAUUUAUAUAGCGCUUUUUACAAUUUUCAUUGUUACAAAGCAGCUGUACAUGAGACAUAUUGACUAUAAGCAAAACAAUUAAAGUUGUACCUGUAAAAACAAGAAAAAAACAGGAUAUUUAAGAUGAAGAAAUGGGUUAUAAAUAUGUCAAAUUGAUUUAAUGUUGACUUUAAACUUCACUGUGUAGGACAUCGUAAGCCUUAAAUUUUAUAGCAGACUGCAGUAAUAUUGUCUAAAAUAUCAAAAGAGCAAUAAUCAUAUUUUUAAUCACCAGUUAGUUUGCAUAAUGUUUUAAGUAAUUAUAUUCACAAAUGUAUUUUAGAUAUAUUGCUAUUCAGAUUAAAUUGUCACACAUUUCAAUAUUUGAAAGACUUUUACUUUAACGUUAUCCCUUAAUUUAGCCAUACUGGCAUUAAAAAAAAUUCAAAACACAUGCUGGAUAAAGCAUUUUUGUCACGUUAGACUGUGAUAUCAAUUUAAGCGUUAGAUUGUUCACAUAUAUUACGAUUUGUUGAAGAACAGUGUUGGAUAAUUUGUCUUUAUUAUAUACCUUCAGACCAAAGCCGUCCCUAAAGUGAGGCAUCUGGUCUCUGUGGCCUUGUAAUGACCCUCUGGCACUCGUAUAAUAACACACUGUCUCAGAUUUAUUUCAGCGUCUUGUGAUUUACAGUUCUGAAAAUAGCAGAUGCUGUAUUAUCUUCUAUUCAUUUUCAUGUUUCUCGUCCUGUGACUUUAAAUUACGAUUGAUCGUUGUAUUUUUAUAGUUGAAAUGACUGGUGGUAAAUGUCCUGUGGUUUUUCCCUUUUAUAUCUAUGUUUGCAUUAUUGUAAACUUUUAUAAGGACUGUGACAGGGCUGAAACUUGAUGAUGUCUGUUGCCAAGAGUUACCGUACACACGCAGCGCUGUGAUUGUAUGUUCUUCAGAGUAUUUUGACUUUGCGUUUAUUGCUUUUGUGUCAAUCAACAUCUUACACUGUGUUUUAGGGAUUAUCAGAAAAAACACGAUCAAAUUCAAGAAUUAUAAUUUAGGUUUGUGCAAAACUGAAUGACAAAUAGAAAAUAACUGAAACACAAAGAGUUGUCUUUAAUCCUCUACUUAGUAAUAGAAGCAAAGCUUAAACAUAAAAAAUUAAAUGUCACAGUUUAGGGUAUCCAGUACACCAUUAUUAAAAAUGAAAAUGGAUAUUUAUUGCAUAAAUAAAAAUACAGAUCAAAAUCAUACAAGCCUAUCAUAUUAAAUAGACACACGAUACAUAAAUAUCUCAAGUUACCCAUUUCCAUUCAAGUUCUGUAACAACAGGAGACAAAGCAAACGUUGAAACCUUUUUCAACUUUGAAUACAUGUAGGUAUAUAUAAUGACCUCUAAUGUAUGUAGAAAAAUAGACUCUGUUAGAUAUAUUAUUCAGGAGUCCAUGUUAUCUAAGCAGUAACUUUCUAAAUAAAAAGAUGAGGUCAAAGGACUUGUAUGGUUUUGUUUACAUUUUACAUAACAACAACAUGUGACGUAUGUUAAAUGGGCGCGACAUGAUCUGAGAAACAUCCUCUGCUGCAAUGAGUAGUUCUCUAUUCUCAAAGCACUUUUUUAGGGAAGUAUACAUGUUAAAAGACGGUUCAGCUGAAUGUGAUCGUUUUAACCCAUUGUAACGGCCAAAUUGCUUGACGUGUGCACAUGUUUGUUAGCUUCUUUGUUCACAGUUUGUGUUUUGUGAUUAAUCUGUGGUCUGUCUUGCAAUAAACCACGUACAUAAUCAUUGAAACCUGUUUCUGCAUGUGAAAUAUGACCUACAUGUAGAUAUGCAACCGUAUUACAUUCAGAAUUCAUUCAUUCUUGGUCACUACCCUGUUUUCUUAACUCGAACGUUAAAGUUAAAUGAAAACAUUACGCUUUUUAUAUAGGCUUUAAAAAAAUACUGUGUGGACGGGUCACAAAUGCUAAUUCACAUACCAACCAAUGCACCUCAUGCUGUUUCUUGGGAGUAGUACAGAAUGAGAAUCUUUGGGCGGGUUCGGUUUAAGCCGACUUUAUUACCCUCAAUGGAUGGCGAGGGGCCUGGUCAACCGCAAACUAUGAAGCUGUGUGUGCGGAACAACUUUACAGCAGUAAAUCUCCAACAGUGCUCCAGAAGGGCCUGUGAACGCUGCUUUGUUAUGCUGAAUGUUCAUUACCGAUGGUUCUGCGGGUAGAUUCGAGACCCCCUCUCCCAGGGUGCUUUGGCAGUAGAGUCACCC